AUGCAGGUCGAGAAUUGCAUCUCGCCAGCGAGUGAUCUCUCCAAUAAAUUUAUGAAUGUGGGCAGUGGCUUCUCGAGCUCCGAUGGAUCAGAGCUUUCGUUGCAGGACCAUCCUAUUAUAUCUGCAAGUGACAACCUGGAGAGAAGUUCACCUCUUAAAAAAAACUCUGGGGAGAUGACGAAUCAGUCAGAGGCAGACAAUUUUCCCGACUCCAAGGACGCAUCAGGGGACGUCCAGAGGGGCAAACUCUCUCCUGGUCUACACGGAGUCUCUGACAUCCGUCAUAAUUUCGAUGGAUCUGCAGGAGAAAGGUGCAUCUUUACUCCAUCUACCCAGCCACAGUCAAUCUCAGCAGCUCCCAGUGCCAUGUUCCCUUACCCGACGCAGCAUGGACCAGCGCACCCGGCAUUUUCUAUCGGAAGUCCCAGCCGGUAUAUGGCCCAUCACCCGGUCAUCACUAAUGGAGCUUACAACAGCCUUCUGACCAACACUUCUCCUCAAGGCUAUCCGGCAGCGGGCUACCCGUACGCGCAACAGUAUGGACACACUUACCAAGGAGGGGCUUUUUACCAGUUCUCCACCGCGCAAGCAGGACUGGUUCCGGGGAAAGCGCAGGUGUAUCUGUGCAACAGGGCCCUGUGGCUGAAGUUCCACAGGCACCAGACAGAGAUGAUCAUCACAAAGCAAGGACGACGAAUGUUUCCAUUUUUAAGCUUCAACAUCUCUGGCCUUGACCCAACUGCUCACUACAAUAUAUUUGUGGAUGUAAUACUUGCUGAUCCAAAUCACUGGCGAUUUCAGGGAGGCAAGUGGGUGCCAUGUGGGAAAGCAGACACAAAUGUUACAGGAAAUAGGGUUUAUAUGCACCCGGACUCACCAAAUACCGGAGCUCAUUGGAUGCGUCAAGAAAUAUCAUUUGGAAAGCUAAAGCUUACAAACAACAAAGGUGCCUCCAACAACACGGGACAGAUGGUGGUUCUGCAGUCUCUCCACAAGUACCAGCCCAGGCUCCAUGUGGUGGAAGUAAACGAGGAUGGGACAGAAGACACCAGCCAACCUGGAAGAGUCCAGACUUUUACCUUCACAGAAACGCAAUUCAUCGCAGUCACAGCCUACCAGAAUACCGACAUUACACAACUGAAAAUUGACCACAAUCCGUUUGCUAAAGGAUUUCGGGACAACUACGACACUGUCUACACAGGCUGCGACAUCGACCGCCUAACUCCAUCACCGGGUGACUCUCCGCGUUCACAGAUCAUGCCGGGUGCGAGAUAUGCCAUGCAUAGCUCUUUCCUGCAGGACCAAUUUGUCAGCACUUAUGCCAAAUCUCGCUUUCACCCUGGCGUGGGGACUUGUCCUGGCACGGAGCGCAGCGUCCCACUCGGCAACAGCUUGCUGUCCCCGCAGCAAACCGACGAGCCCACUGUUGCCACCCCCCCGCAGCGAUGGUUUGUCACCCCUGCCAACAACCGACUGGACUUUGCUGCCUCGGCAUACGACGCCGCUGAUUUCGCCGGUAACGCGGCCACCUUGCUGUCCUACGCAGCGGCCGGAGUGAAGGCUCUUCCCCUGCCGACUGCGGGCUGCUCCAACCGGCCUCUUGGCUAUUACGCAGACCCGUCAGGCUGGGGAGGACGCACGCCGCCGCAGUACUGUGGCGUAAACAGCAAACCCAGCGCGGUCUUUUCCUGCUGGCCCGCUAACUCUCUCGGUUGCAGAUCGGGCACCAACUACCUGAGCGAGGAGGUAGACCCCAUCCCAACAGAGAGGUCACCGAUCGGCGUCUCCGAGGAGCCCAAAGCCAAAGACAUGACAUCAGAGUCGAACUGGAUAGAGACGCCGUCCUCCAUUAAGUCCAUCGAUUCGAGCGAUUCUGGUAUCUUUGAACAGGCCAAAAGGAGGAGAAUCUCACCUUCUGCCACGCCGGUUUCAGAGACAGUGUCUCCGUUAAAAUCGGAGCUGCUGGCACCACGAGAGUGUGAGAAAAACUGCACAAAGGACAUUGGGUACUACAGUUUCUAUCCUCACAGUUAA